AUGAUGGCCACGACUUCGUCUCGCAGCGGCUCGCCCCAGGGCUCGCCCCGCACGCUGCGGGCCAACAAGAGUCAGCAACGCGCCGCCAAACUGGGUGACGCGUACAACAAUCUCCAGCGCCAUUUGGUGGCCCACGAAGCCUGGACGCCGGACGAACGCCGCAAGACGGUCAUUGCUGCUAAUAAGCUGCUUGCGCUGCAUGCCAAGCAAGGCAACUACAAGGCUGCCGAAGACUUGUACCACGACACCUUUCCCGCCUAUGAACUCAAUCCAGACACCCAUACCUUCAACACGCUCAUGAACGCCGCCGUACAGGCUCGCAAACCUGAAAAGGCCCGUGAAUGGCUGGCUUUGCUCCAAGAGGAUCCAGCCCUGCACCCAGACCAGACGACCUGGAAUACCAUGCUGGGCCUCUAUGUCAAGUGCAACGACGCCAAACGUCUUCACCAGCAGUUUCUCGAGCUCCUCGACCAGCACUCGGUUGACAAGAUCAGUUUUAAUACCUACCUCGGCUACCUUGCUGCCCACUGCACGACCAUCGACGAGGACAUCCUGGAUGAGGGCCUUGCUCUGUUCCGCCAGCUCAAGCCCCGCAACAUUCACCCCGAUGGUACCACCAUGGGUGCCUUUAUGCGCCUCUAUCUGCACCGCGAGCAGCCCCAGCGCGUGGUCGAGCUGUUUGAGCAAGACAUGCCCCACUGGAAUCUGCGCCCCUGUAAUCACACCGUCUCCAUCGUCAUCCUUGCCUACCACGACCUGGGACGCGACGACGAUGCCCGUCGUUCCUUGGUCAAUCUGUGGCAGAGCGAACCCCGUUUGGACGAGGACGUGAUGCGCUCUCUCGUGGUCCUCUACGGCAGUCACGUCGAGAACAUGAUCAAGUGGAUUCACGACGUGUGCGACGAGCAUGACCUCGAGUGGAGUGCUUGUCUUGCCGGCUUUUUGGUCCGCAAUGUGGCCAAGCUGCACGGGUCGCUGGUGGCUGAGCGUUGCGUGGCCUCAAUCCGUGACCUGGAGCUCGCCGUGGAUAACGUGGUCGUGGGCAUUUUGCUUCAAGCCAUCGCCGACGACGCUGUUGAAAACCGCCAGCAUCGUUGCCUGUAUUGGCUUGAGCAGAUGAAGUUUAUGGGCUGUGAAGUCAACGCUGCUCCCCUCACCAGUGUCAUCAACGCAUUUGGACGUGAGGGUGAUGCCGCUGGUCUGCUCGAGCACUUUCACCACUGCAUGCGUGAUGACGUCUGCGACGAGCUGAUGUUCCGCACGGCCCUGAACUGGCUCAAGAAGCUCCACCACACGGAAGGCGUCCACGAAAUCGAAACGGCCUACAAGUCUUUCAAGGCGCGUCGACACCUCCUCGGUGGCCCCGUCGUCCAUUACAACACUGACAGCGGCAGCCGCAGCAACGGUUCCCGCUCUGGCCGCUCGUCGGCCCGUGACUCCCCCAGUAACUCCCCCCGCGGCUCGCCUGCCCCUCGCCGUCGAGGCAUGUCCCCAGCCAAGUGGGAGGCUGGCUCACCCGUUACUCUUCCGCCGCAUCACCUUGGCUCCAGCCAGGCCCGCUCCAGUUCGGCACCGCGCAUGUGGAAGCCCAACAAGCGUGCGGAUGCAGAUGACAAUUGGCGCAGUGCGCUUGGCACCACCGCCCCCAGCGUGGCCGCCGGACGACCGCGCUCUGGUUCAUAUGGACCACGCCCUGAGCGCGUACUUGUACCCGGCGUUCGCAAGAUGACCCUCUCACCGUAA